ACGAGAUCCGGCCAGAGGAUCCGGUAUCUUCAACUGGAAAGGGGAUCCACGGAACGGCUCCGUAUACUUAUUAUGCACACCAGUGCGGAUUAUUUAUAACGGUGCUGCGUGUUGAUCGUUCGGUACAUUUGUACGAUUUGCACAUUGUAACUCGAUGGACGGAAAACGGGCGUUUAAAAGAAAUAAGUCGAAUGUUUCUAAUUCCGAUACCGACGAGAAUGAAUACGAUGAUGUGGGCAAAAUACAACCUUCCGUGAAAAGAAAUAAAUGUUUGCCGAAGCUGGACGUUACCGGUUAUACCACGGAAAUAGGUUCGAGAAUGAAUAAAAUUACCAAACAAAUCGACCACUUGGAAAAUUUUUUUGAUGAGGAUGACGAUUUUUUUGAAAAUGCUCUAAACGAAGCUGAGCAAUACACCCUCGAUCUCAGUACCUGGAAACGAUGCAAAAUUAUUUCCGUUUUGCAUGAAGCGCGAUGCAUGAUUCUUACUGUAGAGGAAAAAAGCAGUGGAGCAAAAGCAAAAUGUUGCAUCGAGCCUCCGUGGACAGCAUUACAUAUCCAGGAAGGAGAUGUCGUUUCACUUAGUGGACAUUUCGACACAUCUAGUAACUUGUAUAAAAUUACCUCCAAUGGUGGAAUGUUAGUCACCGAUCCGGACCACCUUGUCUCGGGUACAUCUGUGGUGUGAGCUCUUUACUGUCAACGAAGAGGCGUCCUGCAGGAACGGUUCAGGGGAAUUGAUUCUGAUAAUAAAAUCAUGACUGUGGGUACGAUAAUCCACGAGCUGCUACAGAAGAUACUCAGAGAUCAGCUAACAAGUAUCGAUGAUAUCAAAAUGCUGGGAAAGAAAUACGUCAACUCUAAAGAAAUUGCACAUAUGCUCUAUGCUUGUGAAAUGAGCCAAGCAGAUGCCUCGAAAGAAUUGGAGCAGUUUUAUCCUAAAAUUUUUGACUUCUUAAGAAAACACGUUUCUUACAAUCAGACAUCAUCGAACAGCAAAUCAGAUCUACAGAUCAACACUAUAAAAGAUAUUGAGGAGAAUGUCUGGUGUCAUCAGUUGGGUUUGAAGGGUAAAAUUGACGUGACAGUUAAAGCAAGAUGUUCCCCGCAAGAGCAGUUCCAGCUGAUGCCUCUAGAAUUGAAGACAGGCCGAGCGAGCUUCUCCGCAGAGCACAAAGGACAGAUAGUGCUUUACGAAAUGAUGAUGAAUCUUGUUGGCCAUCACGUGGAGAAGGGUAUUUUGCUGUAUCUGCGAGAGGGGAAAUGUGCCCCAGUGUUAAGUAACCGUAACAUGAAACGUGAUUUGAUUAUGUUACGAAACGAAGUUGCUUAUUAUUUAUCGAAAGGACUUCCAAAUAUUACCAGUGAUAGUUUCAACAUUUCCAAAGAUAUAUUGCCACUCCCAGAACCGUUGAACAACCGACAUGUUUGUUCGCGUUGUCCAUAUAGUGUCCUCUGUACAGCAUACCUCAAACGCGAAGAAAGAAAUCUUUCGGAUGAUCACGCUAUUAAACUGAUUGCUGAUGAAUCGUUGAGCCAUUUGACGGACAAGCACAUAGAUUAUUUCAUUCAUUGGGCUGGUCUUAUCUUCCUCGAGCACGAAGAAUCUAGAAGAAAUUUCAAGCUGAAGCAUCUAUGGACAAAAACCCUAGAGGUUCGUAUGGAAAUGAAGCGAGCUGUUACAAACCUCAAGCUCACUGGUCGAGUAAUUAGAAUAGGAGAUGAGUAUUUUCAUACUUUCCAGCAGAACUUUGACCACAGAGAUGCUAGUAACCACGAUGUAAGUUCUUAUUUUGGUUUGGAUGAGUACUUGAUAUGCAGUACUUCCAAGAGAAUUGCAGUAGCGGCCGGUCGGGUCAUUGCGAUUGGUAAACAAGAUGUUACUAUGUGUUUGGAACGUGACCUUAGUCAUACUUUUUCAAUGGACGAACAAUUUAUUCUGGACAAGUACGAAUCACAAACAAGCAUGACAUUUAAUUUGACCAACAUCGGAGUGCUAUUGGAUAAUACCGAGCGAUCAGACAUUCUGAGGCGUAUUAUUGUUGAUAAAGAAAAACCCACCUUCACACGAAGUGUAUCUUCGCUUGUGACUGCCACUGCCAAGGAUAUCCUGAAAGAUUUAAACAAACAUCAGAAAAUCGCUAUACUAACAGCGAUUGGAACCAAAAGCUAUUGUCUCUUCAAGGGUCUCCCGGGAACUGGGAAAACUCAAACUGUGAUCGCCCUAAUUCGUCUUCUGGUAGCAAUGGACAAUUCAGUACUAAUCACCAGCAACACGCAUUCCGCAGUUGAUAACAUACUGAAGCGAUUAAUGUUUCAUAAUGUUAGAUUUAUUCGACUUGGUAAUGUCUCCAGAAUCGAUCCAGCAAUAAAACAAUUCUCAGAACAAACACUAACAGAAAACUGCACAACUCCCGAGGAGCUUACGGCCAUCUACAACUCGUUUGUACACUUGUUAUGA